AACGUGUCAAUGUCCCUAAAUGGUUGUAUUGAAACUACAGAAGGAAACACACAAAAAUCUCACUUUGUAGUAAAGGUCAACCAAAUAUAUUUUUAUCUUUCCAAAUUUUCUUGUCAUGAAGUAAAUAGACAUCUUUGCUCUGUUCCCUUCAGUGCAGUCAGGCUUUAUUUUGAUCUGAGUCUGAGUGUCUAAAACAACAGGGGUAUGUGACUCUACACUGUUUUAUCUCUAUGUGCAAAGGACGGGCCACUCGUGUGGCCCAAAGCAGAGAAUACUGGGAUUUUAUUAUGCCGAUGUUGAUAAGUUUGUAAGCUGUAAAGCUAGGAAACAGAAAUUAUGAAAGAUGAUAGUGACAACAUGGAUGAAAAAGGCUUAUGAUUUAAAAACUGAUGUUAUGCAAAAGCUGAUCCUUUUAGCCUUGCUGUUGCUUUUAGCUGUGCUACUUCUGAUCUUGUUCCUGUAUCAAUACCUCGGCAAUGUAUAUUUUUCAUAUGGAGAAUCCAGUGUUGAACAAAAUUUCUGUCCACAUGGCUACUUCAGAUUAGGAACUAUGAAGAAUUGCUCAUCAUGGUUGUCUUGCAAGGCUAUAAAAAGAGAAGUCCGUAAAUUGAAACGUGUUGGUGAAGGUGCUGUAAAAAGGGUUUUCCUUUCUGAAUGGAAAGAAAACAAAGUAGCACUUUCUCAGCUAACUGUGCCAGAGCUACAAGAAGACUUUAUUCAUGGGCUUCAGAUGCUAAAAAAGCUACAAAGCAAGCAUGUGGUCAGACUCCUUGGAUAUUGUGAAGAGGAGUUCACAAUUCUUACGGAGUAUCACCCAUUUGGGUCCUUGAAGAAUAUGAAUGAGAUACUGAACCUUCCAAAAUACAAAAAUUAUAAUACAUGGCAUAACAGGUUCCUGCUUGCCAUAGGCUAUGUGAGCAUUAUUCAUUUUUUACACAACAACCCCCUUGGUACUUUUGUUAUGUGUGACUCCAGUGAUUUGAAUAAAACACUGUCACAAUACUUGCUGACAAGCAACUUUCGUGUGGUUGUGAAUGACUUGGAUGCCUUGCCCCUUUUGAAUAGGAGUGCUGGUGAAUUGAUCAAGUGUGGCCAUCAGGAACUGGAAGGUGAAUUUGUUGCUCCUGAGCAGCUUUGGCCAUACGGAAGAGAAGUAUCUUUUGAAGACAAUCUUAUGCCUCCAUAUAAUGAAAUGAUAGACAUAUGGAAAAUCCCUGAUGUUUCUAACUUCCUUUUGGGAGACAUUGAUGGGAGUGAUCUUGUCAGAUUUCACUUAUUCAGCAUCCAUGCAGCAUGUAAAAAGAAGGCAUCUGAAAGACCUUCUGCUCAGAUGGUAUUGGACACAUAUAAAAAUGUACUUGCCUCACUUGUGAAAGAAGUAACCACGUCCAAUACAAGGGACAUGUUAUAAAAAGAUUAAUAGAAUGCUUUGAUAGCGUAACUAAUAUUAGGUAGAUUGAGCGUCCAUUGUUUGAUUUUUCCUGUUCUGAAAAGUAGCUGAGAUGGUUAAAAUAUAAGCAUAAAUGGGGAAAUUCUCAAAUAACUUCUUCAAAUGUCUGUCAAGAAUUUGUAUAGAAAAUGGAACAAAAAUGUAUGCUUGAAAAUGCAAAUUACUUUUUUUUCAUAUUUAAAUUUAAAAUAAAAAUUCCUGAAUCAUGGUAGAACUGGUGCACUAAAGAUCAAUCAUUCGAUAGAGGCAAUCCCACUGGCUCUUAAAUUUAUAAUUGCUGAUUGUGCAUUUCUUGUCUUUCGCAUUUUUUUUAACCACAUCCCCAUUAACCUUCAUCUCUGUCCUAGUAAAAUUGCUCCUUGGGUUUUGAUUCCAUCAGAAUGUAAAUGUGGUCUUGAAUAAGUUGUGCUAGGAUCUGUUUCAUGUUAUCAAUACAUGUAGAGUGAACAGUUUAGUAUGUAGUUACAACAGGUGCAGGAAUGUUAUGGUUUCAGAUAUAACUAUUGUGGCCUAAGGAAGCAUUGCUGCUCAGUUAAGGUAGUUCAAAUGGAAACAAACCAGUGUACAAAUUCCAUGUUUCCUUGUAACAUUAAAGUAAACAUCUGUUAUUUCCAUGAGAAUACCAAUAUGAGAAGGUUUUAAUCUUUUGGCAAAUGCACUGUUUCCAAUCUAUAAUGAUAUAAACCCACUCCAAGAAAUGCUUUGAAACUCGAAAUGAACUUAAGUGGGAGAAAACAGUGCUGAUUGAAGCCAUUUUUCAGGUACUGUAUUGAGUGGAUAAACAUUUUCCCAAAGGAUGAAUGUUUUCAGCAGGAAGUCAUGUUUCCCAUGAACACUACUUCAUAUGUUACCUAAACAGUACUGUAAAUCUGUGUACCAAACUGUGAUAAUGUACCAUUAAGAGAAUAUUAUUUACAAUACACCUGUUAUUCUUAAGUUAGCCCUUGCACAUUAUACAUUUUGCAUGUUUUCCAUAUUGAAUUUAUAGAGAGAAAUGUCUUUAAAAUUAUUACAUGCGGCAGGGAUGGGCAGAAGGUUAAUCUGAAUCUACUGGUAGAAUUUCUAGCUCCUAGUUAUUUAACAAUAACAUUCUCCCUAAAUUUUUGGAUAAAAUAAGAAAUUUUAGACAGCCAGGAAUUACUUUUCUUGUGGAAGGACUAUGAGAUCAGCUCAGAUCUGCUAUUCAAAAUAAAUUCCAGGCUUCUUCCUUCCUAAACUCUUAAGUAUAUGUCUUUUGGAACAGGCUUCAGAAUCAAAGCUUAUCCUGAUGUUUGAGAAAAGCAGUACUUUUUAAUUAAUCUUAGAAAAGAGCAAUAAGUCUUCA